AUGGCUGCUGUUGUUCAACAGAACGACCUAGUAUUUGAAUUUGCUAGUAACGUCAUGGAGGAUGAACAACAGCUUGGUGAUCCAGCGAUUUUUCCUGCUGUAAUUGUGGAACAUGUUCCUGGUGCCGAUAUUCUCAACAGUUAUGCCGGGCUAGCCUGUGUGGAAGAGCCCAAUGACAUGAUUACCGAGAGCUCACUGGAUGUUGCUGAGGAAGAAAUCAUAGAUGAUGAUGAUGAUGACAUUACUCUUACAGUUGAAGCUUCCUGCCAAAAUGGGGAUGAAACUAUUGAAACUAUCGAGGCUGCUGAGGCACUCCUCAAUAUGGAUUCUCCUGGCCCUAUGCUGGAUGAGAAACGAUUAACUAAUAAUAUAUUUAGUUCAUCUGAGGAUGACAUGAUAGUUGCCCCAGUCACCCAUGUGUCUGUCACGUUGGAUGGGAUUCCUGAAGUGAUGGAAACUCAACAAAUUCAAGAUACAUACGCAGACUCCCCAGGAACCUCAUCACCAGAACAACCAAAGAGAAAAAAAGGGAGAAAAACGAAACCAGCACGACCAGAUUCCCCAGCCACUACACCAAACAUAUCUGUGAAGAAGAAAAACAAAGAUGGGAAGGGAAACACAAUUUAUCUUUGGGAGUUUUUACUGGCACUGCUUCAGGACAAAGCUACCUGUCCCAAAUACAUCAAAUGGACCCAGCGAGAAAAAGGCAUUUUUAAAUUGGUAGAUUCUAAAGCAGUAUCCAAGUUGUGGGGAAAGCACAAAAAUAAACCUGAUAUGAAUUACGAGACCAUGGGAAGAGCUCUCAGGUACUAUUACCAAAGGGGUAUUCUGGCAAAAGUGGAAGGCCAGCGCUUGGUGUAUCAGUUUAAGGAAAUGCCAAAGAAUCUUAUUUAUAUAGAUGAUGAGGAUCCAAGUUCCAGCAUAGAGUCUUCAGAUCCAUCACUGUCUUCAACAACCACUUCAAGUAGGAAUCAAGUAAGCCGAUCCAGGGUGCCUUCAAGUACAGGAGUGAAAGGAGGAGCCAAUACUGUUCUCAAACCAGGGAAUUCUAAAGCUACAAAAGCCAAAGAUCCGGUGGAAGUUGCACAGCCAUCAGAAGUUUUGAGGACAGUACAGCCCACACAGUCUCCAUAUCCCACCCAGCUCUUCCGGACUGUUCAUGUAGUGCAGCCAGUACAGACUGUCUCAGAAGGAGAAGCAGCCGUCACCAGUAGCAUGCAAGAGGAAACGGUUCAUUCUUCCAUUCCAAAUAUUAGGACUCUCCAUGCUCCAGCCCAGGUUCCCGUGGUUGUUUCUCCAGGAAACCAGCAGUUGCAUACCGUAACACUCCAGACAGUGCCACUUACAACAGUUAUAGCCAGCACAGAUCCAGCAUCAGGUGCUGGGUCGCAGAAAUUUAUUUUACAAGCCAUUCCGUCCUCACAGCCUAUGACAGUACUGAAAGAAAAUGUCCUGCUGCAGUCACAGAAGCCAGGCUCUCCACCUUCCAUUGUCUUUAGCCCUGCCCAGGUACAGCAGGUUCUUACUAGCAAUGUUCAGUCCAUUUGCAAUGGGACCGGCAGUAUGGCUUCAUCUCCGUCCUUUAGUGCCACUGCACCUGUGGUGACCUUUUCUCCGCGAAAUUCACAACUGGUGGCUCACCCAUCUGGCACCGUCAUCACUUCAGUUAUGAAAACUCAAGAAAUGAAAACUCUUGUCCAGGAAGCAGAGAAAAAGGCAGUUGAGGAUCAUUUGAAUGAAGACCCUGAAGAAGCAGUGCAGCAACCACAGCCCUAUGUGAUGGUGAUGUCCAGUUCUAAUGGAGUGACCUCUCAGGUCGCUGUGAAACAAAACGAACUCCUGGAGCCCAACGCAUUUUAA